AUACACACACAGACACAUGUACGUACAUACACACACACGUACAUACACACACACAUAGAUACUUGUACACACACAUACAUGUACAUACACGCAGACACAUGUACAGAUAUACACAUGUACACACACACAGACACCCCUCCCCCCCAUAAAAAGUUGCAGUACUUCGUUGUUCAUUCACAGAUCCGGGUACUGCACUCUAGGGGGAGGCAGAGAGCACAGCACACACUCAUUGCAUUGCUUUCACUGCGCUCAGCUAUUGAGCAGCCUGACUGCUCCCAGUGCCAAUGACAGAUCCUGCCUGAGCUCCGAGCCUGCUCAGCAAGACGGCCUUGGGGGACACACUCGCCCCCACCAUAAUUUCCACUUGCCAUUGGCGAGCAGACGGGUGGAAACUUCAAGCCCUG